AGAGUGCAACAAAGGUGACCAUUUCCAAUUUCAGCAAACAGAUUCAGAGGAGGAAAUUGAAGAAGAAGAUCGUCAUGGAUCCGAAGCUAACUGAGGUCUCUCAGCACUUCGAGCGCUUCAAAGCUGCUCUUGUUAGACACGAUUACGAUUCUUGUAACAAUCUCCUCUCUCAGCUCAAGGUUUAUUUGACUGGAUUCAGAAGUCUUCCACCAUUGUUUGAAGAUACGCCCAAUGCUGUCCAUGAAUUGACGAUAGCUAGGGAUAUAUAUGAGCAUGCUGUGUUGCUUAGUGUGAAGGUUGAAGAUCAAGAUGCAUUUGAAAGAGAUUUCUUCCAAUUGAAGCCUUACUAUACUGAUGCUCGUAACCGCCUUCCUCCAUCCCCUCAGGAGUAUCCCAUCUUGGGUCUCAACCUUUUGAGGCUUCUUGUCCAGAACAGAAUUGCUGAAUUCCAUACGGAACUUGAACUUCUUUCCACCUCUGCUUUGGAGAACCCAUGCAUUAAACAUGCUGUGGAGCUGGAGCAAUCCUUCAUGGAAGGGGCUUACAACCGUGUGUUGAGUGCUCGACAGACUGUGCCACAUGAAACUUAUGGUUAUUUCAUGGACCUCCUUGCAAAGACUGUAAGAGAUGAAAUAGCCGGUUGCAGUGAGAAGGCAUAUGAUUAUCUUUCAAUAAAUGAUGCACGCCAAAUGCUGUUGUUUUCCUCUGACCAGGAACUUUUGGACUACGUCAAGGAGGAGCAUCCUGAGUGGGAGAUAACGAAUGGCGUCGUAUAUUUCCAGAAGGCGAAAGAAUCUGCACCAUGCAAGGAAAUACCAUCUCUUCAACUUAUCAACCAAACACUCAGUUACGCAAGAGAGUUGGAGCGAAUUGUAUGAACCACCAAGCUAGCAGUUUCUCAUGAUUCUCAUCUGCUGAUUUUACACAUGCCAAGGUUUCUGGUUAUUCCCCUCCCCCAUCUUAUGAUCAUUAUGACAUUCUUCCAUACAAAAUUAUUAUUUCUUGUGACAUCGGGUCAGAUUUUGUGAAGUUAUCUUGGUGUUUUCAUUAUCAUGAGAUGAUUGUUGUUGCAUCUGUCUUGUACGUGUUUGUUUACAAUUACACAUCUUCGCCAUCUAUUAAUAUCCAAAUGACAAGGAAGGCGUUGUUUGAUUA